GGGCUCUCAGGCAGCCAAAUAUAGCGCCGCGAGGCAGCCUUGCACCCGCCAAGCGCCACGGGGACACCACUCCAAGCGCAAGGGCAGCCCUCGCAAACAACGACGAUGUCGGCGCCCCGGACGGCGCGCACCGUCACGGGCCGCACCAACACCGCCCGGAGCGAGGGCUCCGCAACGGGCCGCCGGAAGGCGCUCAACCGCGCCUCGGCGGGCGCGACGCCCCGCGCGCCGUCGCAGCCGGCGGGCGCGCCGAGCUCGGAGCGGGGCGCCUUCGGGCGCACCCAACUCUCGCGGACGUCGCCUCUUAGAAGUGUAUUGCUAGAUCCGGAGGUGAAUAAUUUGCCUCCAGCUAGGACGCAAACUGAGUACGCAGAAUUCGUAAGAACGAGAAACAAAGCUCACAGUUCCUACGACUUGGAUGAAGACGGCCAAGUCACAGUUCAGGACUACAAGCUCGCGGCGUCCUUAGAUGUCGACGGCGACGGUAGAUUAGACACGGACCGGCACAAAGAGGGCGGCCUGAUCCUCGCGGAGAGAUUUUUUGAGCGCCAGAUCGUCCCCGCAAAAUUUCACGGCGACUGCUGGACGGCUCGAGAAGGAAGAGAGGGUUUCCAGGAAAACGCGCGGCGCCUCGCGAAUUCUCAACAUUUCGGCGCGGGCUUGAGGAUGCUCGAAAUGCGCGAGAAGCGGCUGUUGGGGCGGGCGUCCCUCAACAUGACCGCGUGCAUGCAGGCCCCAAAGGGCCCCGACGAGGGCCCGCGGUCGCACCUGCUGGCCCAUCGGAAGCGCACGGAGCGAUUAUUCGGCCAGGCCCAGUUAGAUAAGUGGGACGCCAAGCUCGAGAAGUGGUCGACGAAGCGCGUCUCGCCCAUCUCGAACUUGGCGUUCGAGAACGGCUAGGCGACCUAGCACCCCUUAUCAGUAAAUCAAGCAGUUCUCCCGCCAAGCCCCC